AUGUGCGGUGAAGCUGUGACGCCAACUGGCAGUGCGCCGGCAACGCCGCAGGAGGUGCGCGCGGAAGUGCCGCAGCCGAGACCUCUGCCGAUGCCCGAAUACGGCGGGUUCUUCGCCCUCCUCACUGAGUACCUGCCAGACAGCAGUCAACCGAUAUCAGGCUUCCACAGAUGUAAUGUAGCUGUGAUGCUGCUAUGCGACGUAGUCUUGGACGGCGUCGAGCUGGACUGGUCUAUCCACGUGCCGCUAAUGUUGCACAUCGUUUUCCUGGGCAUGGACCACACCAGAUGGAUCGUCCACCAGCACUGUCGUCAGCUGCUGUUGAACUUGUUGGUGGCGGUGGCGGCUCACCACGAUCACCUGACGGUGGCGCGGACGUUGCUAGCGAGCCGAUCCCAACAACUGGGACUAGGGCUGCCACCACCAUCGCCCGCUCCGCCCGCACCCGUCUUUACCGGUCAGUACACACUAAAACCCAUCUAA